AUGGCUGGCAACAGAAUCCCCUCCUUCGGCUCCGACGACAGCGGCUACGAUAGUGGUAUCGUCGAGGUUUUCGACGAACCAGGCCCCGCCAUCAAGACUGCCGAUCAUUCGAAGGAGAUUGCAAGACAUCGACAACACCUCAUGGCUUCUGAGUUGUCGAGGAGAGAUGCAGAGGAAUAUCAGCAGGACAUGCUUGAGCACAUGCUGAAGAUGGACAUUGAAACCAUGCCUGAUGUCGAUGCAAUUGACAUUCAAACAGAAAUCCAGUGGUUCAUGAGACCAUAUCUGCUCGAUUUCCUAGUCGAAGCACACUCGGCCUUUCAACUCUUGCCCGAGACUUUAUUCCUGACCAUCAAUCUUCUCGACCGUUACUGUUCCAAGAGAGUCGUCUACAAGCGCCAUUAUCAACUUGUUGGCUGCGCCGCCCUCCUCAUCGCGGCAAAGUAUGGUGACAAGAAAGAGAAGGUCCCGACAAUCAAGGAGUUGAAGUCAAUGUGUUGCUCACUUUACGACGAUGACAUGUUCCUGCAGAUGGAGUGGCACGUUCUGUCUACCCUGGGCUGGACUGUUGGCCAUCCCACUGUUGAUUCCUUCAUGCGCCUGGCUGUUAAGGACAACGUGUAUGAUCCCGAGACGGAGAGUUUGACCCUCUACAUCCUCGAAAUCGCCCUGUACCAUCGGGACUUCGUGUCCAAGCAAGCAUCCACUCUUGCCCUCUCGGCCCUUGCCCUUGCACGACAUAUACUCGGCCGACCACAGUCACGCGCAACCGAGUUCAGCUCCCGCUAUUGCAGUACGACCGUCCUGGAAUUGUUGCAGAAGGUCGGAGAACCCUCCAAAAUUUUGUCCCGUAAAUAUGCAUCGGUUCGGUACUCUGGAGUCUCUCGAGUUUUGAGCAACUAUCUUGCUCAGAAGGCUGCCAUGUCUGCCUCAGCUCACACACCGAUCACACCGACGUACGAGCUCACUCCACCCUCCGCAGCGGCUAAGCCUGCAGGACCGGCAUAUUUCCGGACAUAUGCUACGCCCCAGAAGCCCCAAUUCCCUUCGGUGGUCCAGCAUGGUCUGUACACACCCCCGAUCACCCCUGAAGGAGAGAUGUUCGGAGUCACUCAAAAGACCUUCAACGCACCAAACCAAUACGUCCCUCCCACGCCCACACCCAACACAGUGAGUCAUCAAUAUUCCUCACAAUACCCGGCUACGAUCCAGCAAUGGAGCGGUGAAACCUAUUGA